GAUGAAAUGUUCCCCGCUAAUGACACAAGGGAGAGGUGUACCGUUCUAGAGAGAAAUGAAUUCGGCGUGGUCAUUGGUGAUUGUAGUCGGCUUCCGGAAGAAAGCGUAUAAAAUGGUCUAUGUGGCUGAUGUUGGGGUUUUUAUUUUUCCCUCUAGAUAAGGAGUAGUAAUGGAGCAUUGUUGAUAUAUUGUAGCUGUUCUUUGGAAGCGCCGGUUGAUCAUCAUGGCAGUGGCAUUCAAUGAUGAUGGAGCUGAAGUGAUUCAGCGGACUCUGAUUCCUACAGAAGGAGGUGGUCGUCCUCCAGCUUUGGGAAUAGAGGAGUUUUAUGAACUGGAGAGAGCAGCUGCUUUUGUAUCUGACCAUGGCUUCACCAAGAUUGCUCUUCAGUUUCCUGAUAAACUUUUGCCAGAUUCAGCAGAUGUUGCUGCAAGGAUGGAAACAGCAACUGGUGCCAAGAUGUAUAUCCUGGGAGAUACUUCAUAUGGCAGCUGCUGUGUGGAUGAAGUGGCAGCAGAGCAUGUGGGUGCAGAGGCUGUAGUGCACUAUGGCCCAGCCUGCUUGAGUCCUUGCCGCAAAUUGUCAGUAUUACAUGUAUUUGGCCGGGAGCAGCUAGGUGUGAUGCGAUGUGUAGAAGCCUUCCAGGAGUUGCAUCCUGACCUUCAAGCAUAUGUGGUUGUGCUGAGUGAAUCUGCAUAUUUUCAUGCCAUUGAUGACCUGGCCUCUAAACUGCAGCCAAUUUAUCCCAAUGUGGUUUUUUCUCAGUUGGAUAGCAAACAAAAUCUUGAUUCAAGCCAGCCAGUUUCUGGAAUGAUACGGCAAUUUGGGCGGCGCUUUAUAAUAGACGAACAUCAUGGUCUUGAAAACUACAGUAUGUUCUAUGUGGGUUCUGAAGGACCAGAGCUUACAAACUUCAUGCUGACUUGGAACCAGUGUCCCUUCAGUUCUUUUGAUCCUAGGACAGGACAAGGCCGAUGGGAAACACUGGAUGUGAACCGGGUCUUGCGGCGACGCCUUUAUCUAGUGGAACGGGCACGAGAUGCUCAAGUAGUGGGUAUUGUGGUGGGUACUCUUGGAGUAGAAGAUUACUUGUCUGUUCUGGAGCAUCUCCGCCAAAUCAUUCACUGUGCUGGAAAACGUGCCUACACGCUGGCUGUGGGUAAACCUAAUCCUGCAAAGCUGGCCAACUUUCUAGAGGUGGAUAUCUUUGUAUUGGUAGCUUGCCCACAGAACUCCUUGCUUAACUCCACUGAUUUCUAUCGACCGCUGAUCACACCCUAUGAGAUGGAAAUAGCAUGCAAUCCAGCACGGACUUGGACAGGCCGCUAUGUCACAGACUUCCGCUGCCUCCUACCAGGAGCAUGUGACCAUGUCCUUUUCCCAGAAAAAAACAGUGAUGAACCCAGCAUUUCACUGAUCACUGGACAGCUGCGCUCAGUUGGUUCCUGCCAGACUCUAGAGCCGAACUCUGGCACUGCUGUGAUGUGCCGCAACGAUUUACAGACUGUGUCUCAGAUCAGCCCAGCAGCCUCCUUUUUGGAGUCCCGCAGCUGGAGAGGACUGGAGCAACAGCUGGGCCAAACAGAAGUAAAAAAAGCUGUUGUGGGACGACGGGGGAUUGCCAUUGCCUAUGAAGAUGAGCCCUAUGGAUGACCAACCCUGAGUCUAAAAGGUGUUGGCCAGAGAACAAAUUGCAUCCCCUUGCUGGAUCUGGAUGGGCUAACAGAACAUGGCCCUUUUUGAACUGGUUGACAGUCUUGUUUUUACUCUUCUCCUCACUAUAAGUCAAGGUGGCCUGGCCUAGCAUUUCUCCCAGUGUAUUGAUGGACUGAUCAACGCAUUAAGUACACUGCUGUUAUAUCAUCAUUCUUUUAAUGAAGGAAUAGAAUUUUAAAAAAUAAAAGGAGUGUUGAUCUCUGCCUG